AUGCCCCGGUCUCAGCCGGAAGUGCGGGCUCCGGAAGAAGCUUCCAAAAAUAAAAGAGGAUUGAAAGAUUCUAUUGAUGAUGUCCUUGGUGAUCUUCUUGGUGAAGAUGAUCCAUCACCACCGAAGCCACAUAAGACCUCCCCAUGGACCUCCGCUUCUGCCAACAAAACCCGCUCUGCACUUUCUGCUAGCACCACUAAGAAGUCAACGCUUAAUGACGACUUUUUCAGAGAGAUGGCAAAAGAAACAGCCGAGGAUUCUGAUGUUUCAGAUGCUGAUCCACAGGCUCUUCUGGAAAGCUUGAAGGACUUGGAUGAUAUGGAUGCAGAGAUACUUGGAUCUAGGAAGCCAAAAUCAGCUCCUCCAAAGGGUUCUGGAAUGACCCGAAGUACUGCCAGUAACCCAAAAGCUCAAGACAAGACUGGUACUAAAAAUGCAAACUUUGCUCCUGAGAGUGAGAAGAAGCCACAGUCUGCCCCCGCAGGCCCAGCCAGACCAUAUAAGAAAUUUUCCUUUGAUGCUCUAAAUGACCCAUUUGAAGGUCUUUUGUCUGAUGAAGAUACUGGACUUCAUAAGAAGUCAAAAGCUGCACGUGCCAAAUCCGAAUCUACCCCAGUAAAAACGGAACCUGUAUCAGCAAAGACCAACGACCCGCCAGUCAUUAGCCCAACAAGAACCCAAGCCAGACCUCACCCAGUGACUCGAAAGAAGGAUGAUCUGAACUUUGAAGAGGAUGCAGAUGAUCUCAUGGAUGCUUUGGGAUUUGGUGAUGGACCACAAAGUUCUCGGACAGUAGAAAGCUCUAUUCUGAAGCCUGCACGAUCCAAACUGGAUGAACUAUUAGGAAGGGGAACUUCACCUAAGCUGCUGGAGAGGCCUGCCACUGGUGACAAAAAAGAAUUCAAAUUGGAUCCCAAGUACCAGAAUAUGCCAGAGAAUCCACUGAGCGAUGAAGACUUUGCUUUUGGUUCCUACCAACCCACAAUAGCCAUGAGCCCUGAAGGACGCCCAUCUCGCCGUUCAUCAGUCAGAUUUUCUGGCGAUGGGAAUGAAAACUUGAAAUCUGAGGCAAGGUCGCUCACUACCACCCCAGUUGCUCGCAGUCCAGCUCAUGGUGCAAUGACUGGGGCUGAUUGGUUGGGACUUAAAGAUGAUGAUGUACCAGAUCUGUCUCCUUCAAUUCCUUUAAAAGAACCACCCCAGGCUUCCGUUGCAACACUACGAUCUGCUGGACGUCCUCCACCUGGAAUAAAAACAGUUGGUGAGCCAACACCUCAGCCAAGGGGCACCAGUUCUGAGACUCCUACUGUCCCCCAAGAGGAAGAUGAGUGGCUGCUUUCUGCCUUGGCUCGUAAGAAAGCCCAGAAGCAAGAGAAGGUAGAAGAACAAACAGGGCAGACUCAAAAUGGACUAAAAGAGGAUUCUGGAAGGGGAGCCCCAGUUGUAUCAGUAAGUACUGCUCAGCAGUAUGGUCCUAGCAGCACAGUUAGAGGUGACGUACCAGCUACAACAGAAGUAUCUCGGAGCCCUCUACCUUGGGAAAGUCCUAGAAAAGUAACUCCUUCCGGGAAUUCUUCCACUAAUCCUGCAAUUCCAAAACAGAAGGGAAAUCGUGAGACAGUUUCUUUAGCUGGACCUUCAGAUUUUCGCAGAGACCAAAUUCAGCUUGUUCCUGCCGUGUCCAAAGCACUAGACAAGGACUCCCAAAGGGAGAUGCUGCAGUUACAGAGCAGGAUAUUGGAUCUGGAGGCCCAGAUCAGAAAGCUUCAGCUACAGAAGGACCAGCAAAAUAUGUUGUUAGAAACACUACAACAAAGACACAAAGAAGAUCUUGAGCUCAUAGAGAAUGCACAAAGAAAUCGCUUGAAGCUAGUAGAGGAUUCUGCCCGUCAAAGGGAGGAACGCAUACAGAAAGAGAACCAGGAGCUUUCUUUACAAUACCUUGCCCGCUGCCAGAGUGCAGAAAGUGAGAAAGCUGAACUAUUCGCUCAGUAUCAGCGUAAGCUGACAGAGUUCCAGCAGGAGAAGGACAAAGAGAUAGAACGUAUCAGGGAGCUGCAGAGGCUGUCUGUCCAGGAAAUGUGCAAAGACCACGAAGAGCAGCUGCAGCGACUAAAACGGCUGAAAGAGCAGGAAAUUGAUGCAGUGACCAGCGCUUCAUCACAGACGAGGUCGUUAAAUGGAGUUAUUGAACAGAUGGAGGCUUUCUCUCAUAAGCUGAGCGAUCUAUCCGUGCGAGUGGAGAACACCCAGAUGAACACUUCCCAGGAGAUGGAACUUGGAGCACGGCAGAGGGAGGGACAGCUUCGAGCACUACAGGAGCGUUUGACACGGCAGCAGAAAGACAUGGAAGAGGAACGGAACAGCUUGCGUAUGAUCAUCACCAAUAUGGAGACUCGCUUGAGUGAGCAGAGUCGCCUGCUGGAACAGGAACGUUGGAGAGUGUCUGCAGAACAGGCCAAAAUGGACUCGAUACAGCGUUCUCUAGAGGAACAAAAAAGAAUAAUGACCCAACAAAUAGCCCAGGAGAGAGAAGAACUGGAAAAUGCAAAGAGUGCUUUACUUGAGGAACAGCAGUCAGUUAUGACGCAUUGUGCAGAAGAACGCAGGAAGCUUGCGGCUGAGUGGGCAGAGCUUCACACCCAACAGAAACUGAGCAAGGAGCGGGUGGAGAAUGACAUCACCAGAGCUAAGGUGUCAGAGUCCCAGCGAGAGGGAGCCUUUCUCAGUUUUGCUAAGGAACAGGCAGAGGUAAAGGUGCAGGCCACUGAACUGCGCAACAAAGAAGAGCAGAUGGCUGCAGCCAGGGAGGCACUGGAGAAAGAGAGGCAUGAGCUACGACUUGAGAAAGAUCGGGUGUAUGCCACUGCAAUGCGUGUCCGCCAGCGGGCCGAGGAAGUGGAGAGCAUGAGCAAGCUUGCCUUACAGCGUCAUGAAGAGGGAGAAAAUGCCUUAGCUGAGUCAAAGAAGGUAGAAUUUGGACACCAAGACCGUCUGAGGACCAUUCAGCAACAACUAGAGAGGCUCAGACAGCAGGAGGAACAUCUGAUGGAGGAACGCAAGAAUCUUGCCCACCAGAGAAGACAGUUAAACCAGCUACGCCAGGGGCUGCCCACAAUGCAGACAGAAGCGGCACAGCCAUCAUCAUUGGCUGAACCCAUGCAUCUUAAUGGUGUGCCUUUUGCGGUACCCAGUAGAAAAUUUGCCAUCUCAGGAAUCCAUCAGGACAAAGCUCCUCAGACAUCCGAUAUUUAUGCCAAGGUGGCUCUUCUCAGGCUCUCAGCGCAGCGGGACCGUGACUUCCUAGAAGAUGAGCAACUUUUCCUAGAAGCUUUAAAGAAAUCGAACAUCUCCUGCUCUCAGACAGUCUAGGAAUGUUACUUGAAAGCAAGAUGUCCAUUUUACUUCAUAUCU